AUGGACGCGCGGAAGGCGGUAGCCGCGCGCGCGCGCCGGGCGAAGCGCCGCCGCGUCGUCGCGCUCGCGGUGCUCGUCGCGUCGAUCGUCGCGCUCGCGUCGUUCGCGCUCUCGGGCUAUCGCGCGCGCGCGACGCCGUCGCAGCGGACGCGCGACGAUGACAUCGACAUCGACGACGCCGCGCGCUCGCGCUCGCGUCCGUCCCCGCCGACGCCGCCGUUCGCGCGCCGGCGACGCGAAGAAGAAGAGCCCCGCGCGCCGAAGAAGAAGAAGAAGAAGAAGGCGACGACCGCGACGCCGCCGCCGCGGGCCCCGCGCGUCGUCGUGGACGCGCGCGAUUACCCCGACGCCGUCGCGCUCGCGACGCUCGUCCGCGACGAGGUGUCGCCGUCGCCGUCCAUCGCGCGCGGAUCCCUCGUCGUCCUGACGUUCGCGGACCGCAAGAUGCUCCCGCUCGCGAUCAACUUCGUGACGCACUUGUCCGAGCUCGCGGAGGACGGCGUCCCGCACGUCGUCGGCGCGCUCGACGCGACGUCGCGCGCCGCGCUGUCGGCGUCUCGCGCGAAAUGCGGAUUCGUGUACACCCCCGACGCGUUCGGCGAAGGGUCCGGGUCUUCUUCCUCGCUCGACGGGUCGUCGUCGCACAGCAGCGGGAACUGGAAAGCGUUCGCGCGCGUGAGGAUCGGCGAGGCGCGCGCGCUGCUCUCGAUGGGGUUCGACGUGUUGAUGUCCGACGUCGACGUCGUGUGGCGGCGAGACCCGCGGCCGUUCUUCUCGCGUCGUCGCGACGACGACGGCGACGACGGCGACGGCGGUGACGACGGCGACUACGACGCCUCCCUCGCGUCCGCGGACGUCAUGGUCUCGAGCGAUAACCUCUCCCCGCGCCGCGACUUCGAGCAAGGCGCGACGUACGCCGCGCGCGGAACGUUCAACACCGGCAUCGUGUUCGCGCGGCGCACGCCCGCGGGCGAGAGAUUCGCGGCGGCGUGGUACGAACGUUUGGCGAGGCCGACGGGGCGGUUCGCGUCUCUGACGUCGGACCAGCAGGUGUUCAACGCGAUGGUCCGCGCGGAGGGUCGGUGGCCGGGGAUCGAGCCGGCGAGGGCGUUGAUCGCUGAGGGAGGCGGCGGAAUAGGCGGCGCGCCGAGGGUGUUGAACGCGAGCCUCGGCGGCGGCGGCGGCGCGGACGGAGACGGAGACGCGUCGUCGUUCAGGCGCCUCGCGGCGUUGCGCGACGCGUCGGCCAUCGCGCGCGUCCUCAACCGCACGCUCGCGAUCCCCGCGAUGCGAUGCCACUGCGACAAGGUCUGGGGCGGGCACGAUAACAUCUUCGCGCACCGGUGUCGCUACCCCGGCAGCGAGGACGGCGAUCACGUCCCCGGGAGGUGCCCGAUGGACCACCUCGUCUCGCCGUCGGCGCUUCGCGACGCGGGGAUUCGAUUCGUCGCCGAGGCGGAGUUACGGCGGAUUCCCUCCGUCGCGUCGCGCGUCGACGCGCCGGGCGGCGAGGUCGAGGUGAUCGUCGCGGACGACGACGCGGACGCCGUGCGCGCGGGGAUGAGCGAUUCGAUCGCGAGUCUCGUCGCGGUGCUGCCCGCGGGCGCGGACGCGGCGACGACGACGCGCGUCCUCGGGAGCGGCGGCGGCGGCGGCGGCGGCGACGCCGCCUCCGCGGCGUCGCGCGCGACACUCCUGCGACUGUCCACCGUGCGGGGCGGGACGUUCGGCGGGUUCAACGACGCGGCCGAGGCCGCGGCGUUCAACGCGAAGGUCACGAGGGGCGCGCUGGGGAGGGACACGCCGGAGUGGUGCGGCGAGUGUCACCCGAACGGCUGCGCGGCGUUGAUUCCGGCUGAGGUGCUGAAGCGAGGCGCAGCGAGGAUACGAAUCGCCGCGACGUCGGACGCGACGACGCGACGGCUCGUCUUCCCGCCGCGCCCGCGCACAUCCCCGCGCGCUUCGACCGACGCCCCCCCCCUCUCCCCUCCUUCGAGAGCGCGCAUGGACGACGCGGACUUGCGGCGCGUGAACCUCCUCGAGUGCCUCGAGGAGGAGCGCCCCGCGCUCGCGUCGCUGCUCCCGCCCGAGUCGGUCCUGAGCACCUGGAGCGACGACGAGCUGCGCGCCUUCUUCGCGAGCGACGGCGCGAGACGACCGGAGAAGCGCGACGCGUCCGUCGCCGGCGGUGCGAGGGACGCGCGCUUCAUGAGCUCGGAGGACGAGCUCGCGGCCGCGCGGUCGGGGGCGAUGAACGUGGACAUCACGCGCCCGGAGUACAGCGCGGCGCGGUACCGAGAGGUCGCGUUCGCGCGCGGGAUCCCGUUCCGCCGCAACGGCCUGUUCCCCCUGAACGACCCCGCGCUGUCGAAGCUGUCGAACGAUCCGCGGCUGAAACCGCUGCAGAAACACUUCCCGAUAGAUCACCCGCCGUUCUACGAGUGCGUCGGCGGAUGCUGGGCCACGGGCGACGACGCCGCCGCGUCCGGGCUCGACCUGCGGUACUUCUACGACGACGUCAACAAGUCGCUCUCCGCGGUCUGCGCGACGACGUCGCUCACGGCGAAGAUCAAGAAGCCCGUGGAGCUUCACACGACGUACGUCAUCGAGUGCGUCGUGAAGCCCGUGCCCGGGUCGGGGAAGUCCGCGCUCGACGAGUCCGCGUUGCGCGUGCUCGUGGAGGCGACGAUGAGAGACGCGGAGACGAACGCGGUGGUCGCGACGUGCGAGGCGACGCUGGCGAACAUCUCCGCGUUCAACCGCGCGCGGCGAUGA